AUGAUUAAUGGAAUAUGUUACUGUGUGCAGGCCAACAUGAAGAAAAGCAAACCUCCCACAUCCAGAAGAGCUGAAAUCCAGCUGCUCUAUCAGAACUAUGCAGCAGGCCUGUCGACUUUGCCUGCCUGCGCCCUGCUUAAGUUCCUCCACAAGGAGCAGAUGGAGCUCACAGCGAAUGAGGAGACGGUGGAGAGUCUGAUUGACAGAUAUGAGAUCGAAGAGACUGCCAUAGAAAGCAGGUCAAUGACUUUUGAGGGCUUCCUCAGAUACAUGGAGUCUAAAGACUGCUGUGUGUUCAACCAAGCUCACUCCUCAGUGUACCAAGAUAUGGGCCAGCCUCUCACCAGCUACUUCAUCUCCACGUCACACAACACAUACCUGACUGGUGAUCAGCUGGUGGGAGAGAGCCACCUGGAUGCCUACGUUAGUGCUCUGAGAAAAGGCUGUCGCUGUUUGGAGAUUGACUGUUGGGAUGGUCCAGAUAUGGAGCCUGUGGUUUACCAUGGCUACACCCUCACAACUAAGAUACUUUUUAAGGAUGUCAUUACCACUGUGGAACAACAUGCCUUUGAGGUCUCUGCUUACCCAGUCAUCCUAUCUUUGGAAAACCACUGCAGCCAGGAGCAGCAGGAGAUCAUGGCCCAGUACCUCAUCUCCAUUCUAGGAGACAAGCUGCUGACAGCUCCCUUGGAUCAUUCAACAAAACACCUCCCAAGCCCAAAUGACCUCAAGUAUAAGAUCAUCAUCAAGAAUAAAAAGCUAAAGCGUCCAAUUAAGACAGAGGAAGCAGCAGGGGCAGAAGAGAGUGCAGAGGAGGGUGAGGAUGAUUAUGAUGAUGAGGACGAAGAGGAGGAGGAUCAUCAAUCCAAAGCAAAGUUCUGGUCACCCAGAAAGGCAGGGUCAAAGAAGGCAAAGAAGAAGGUGGUGGUUGCAGAGGCUUUAUCAGACCUGGUUAUAUAUACAAGAUCUGUCAAGUUCAUCAGCUUCAGCCACUCCAGGGACAACCAGAAUUACUAUGAGAACACAUCCAUGGCAGAGAAGAAGGCUCGUAAGCUGGUCAAGGCUUCGGGUCCAGAUUUUACUCGUCACAACCAGAGCUUCCUCAGCAGGAUUUACCCAGCCGGCUCCAGAACGUCCUCCUCCAACUACAACCCCCAAGAGUUUUGGAAUGUCGGCUCUCAGCUCGUGGCUCUCAAUUUCCAAUCUUUGGGCUUGCCAAUGGACCUUAAUGAUGGUCGUUUCCAAGACAACGGGGGCUGUGGAUACGUCCUGAAGCCAGCAGUGCUCAUGUCCAGUGAGAGGAGCUUUGAUCCCAGCUGUAGCCAACACCGCCUCAAACCCACACACCUGCUGCUCAAGGUGAUUAGUGGAUCCAACCUGCCUGUCCCCAGGACUGGGAAAGCUUUGGACCCCUUUGUGAGAGUGGAGAUUCAUGGGAUUCCAUCGGACAGUCGCAGAAAAAACACUCAUACUGUCAAAGGCAACUCUCUGAGUCCUCACUGGGAUGCAGACAUGAACUUCAGCAUCAACGUCCCUGAGCUUAGCCUCAUCCGCUUCUGUGUCCGAGAUCAAACUGGUCUUCUUAGCAGUGAGUUUGUGGGCCAGUACACGCUGCCCUUCACCAGCCUAAAGAAAGGCUACCGCUGGGUGCCUCUCCGGGCCCGAGACGGAUGCAGCCUGGAUCCGGCUUCUCUCUUUGUCUUUGUCUGGUAUUCCUAA